GUUAAUAACCUACACCACCCAAUAUAAUGGCUCCAGCGUAUACAUAAAUACACAUUACACCUCUCUACACAAUCAUUUUUCCUCCCUUUACAGAAACCUAAAAAAUAGCUUAAAAAAACACAACAACAGCAACAACAUCAACAUCUCUAACUACACGACAGCCCACCAUUUGUAUGGCGAAUUUCUCCAUUAUUUAGUCUCGACUUUCAGCUCAUUCUGAUAAUAUUUUUGGCCUUUUCCUUUCCCUUCUUUUUCGCAAAUCUUGAAACUACUUUUUUUUUUUUUUUGCAAAAUCUUGGAACCACCCAUUUGAUUAUAUUUGCUUCUUAUUUAGGAAAAAUUUGAGCUUUUUACGUGUUAUAUAGGUUUGCAAGAAUCCAUGGCCGGCACAGCUACCGCCGGCGAUACCAGCAGCAGCCUAGCGCCGACGAGGAGUCUAAGCAAGAAGGAAAAUCAGGGGCUUUUGUUGGGGAGGUAUGAAAUUGGGAAAUUACUAGGACAUGGUACGUUUGCUAAGGUGUAUCAUGCUAGAAAUGUUAAGACAAAUGAGAGUGCAGCGAUAAAGGUUAUUGAUAAAGAAAAGAUCUUGAAAGUGGGUCUUAUUGAUCACAUAAAACGUGAGAUCUCGAUACUCAAGAGGGUUAGGCAUCCGAAUAUAGUUGAAUUGUACGAAGUUAUGGCUACAAAGUCGAAGAUUUACUUUGUUAUGGAGUUUGUUAAAGGCGGUGAGCUCUUCAAUAAGGUUGCCAAAGGUAGGCUUAAGGAAGAAGUUGCUAGGAAGUAUUUCCAGCAGUUGGUUUCUGCUGUUGCUUUUUGUCAUGCUCGUGGUGUUUACCAUAGGGACUUAAAGCCUGAGAACAUACUGUUGGAUGAAGAUGGGAACGUUAAGGUUUCUGAUUUUGGGCUUAGUGCUAUUUCGGAACAGAUAAAGCAAGAUGGGUUGUUCCAUACUUUCUGUGGUACCCCGGCUUAUGUGGCGCCGGAGGUGUUAGCUAGAAAGGGUUAUGAUGCAGCCAAGGUUGAUAUUUGGUCAUGUGGGGUGAUACUCUUUGUGUUAAUGGCAGGGUAUUUGCCUUUUCAUGAUCAGAAUGUUAUGGCUAUGUAUAAGAAGAUAUAUAAGGGUGAAUUUAGAUGUCCUAGAUGGUUUUCGCCUGAGUUAACUCGGUUUUUGAAGCACCUUCUUGAUAUAAAUCCUGAAAAAAGGAUUACCAUUCAGGAGAUUAUGAAUAAUAGGUGGUUCAAGAAGGGUUUUAAACAUGUCAAAUUUUAUAUUGAGGAUGAUAAGUUGUGUAGUAUAAAUGAUGAUGAAUAUGGCGGAGUUGAUUAUUCGUCUGAUAGAUCAGAUCUAUCAGAGUCUGAAUCUGAAAUGGAGAUAAGGAGGAGGUCGGCUAGUUUGCCUAGGCCAGCUAGUUUGAAUGCAUUUGAUAUCAUUUCAUUUUCCCGUGGCUUUGAUUUGUCCGGUUUGUUUGAGGAGGGAGGAGAUGGGGCAAGGUUUGUAUCGGGGGCUCCCGUGCCCAAGAUCAUAAGUAAGUUGGAGGAAAUUGCUAAAGUUGUGAGCUUUGCAGUAAGGAAGAAGGAUUGUAAAGUGAAUUUAGAGGGGUCUAAGGAGGGUGCGAAGGGGCCUUUGACCGUUGCAGCUGAGAUAUUUGAGUUGACGCCAUCGUUAAGAGUUGUUGAGGUGAAGAAGAAAGGAGGAGAUAGGGUGGAGUAUGAGGAGUUUUACAACAGGGAAUUGAAGCCAGGGUUACAGAAUUUAACGCUUGAAGUUGGACGCCCUGUUGAUUCAUCACAUUUGCCGUCAGAUACUGAGUAGAGAGAUAAGGGAAAGGGAUUCGGCACGCUAUUCCCAUGAGCAAAUCCUUAGCUGUGGUAGUCUGUAGCUUGUGGAGGUGCGAAGUCAUAGACUGAGCUUCUCGACUUCACUGAAGGAAGUGCUGUAUUACAGAUUGGGCUUCUCAAUCCUUUAAGACCAGCUAUCCUGUCCCAUAGGUUGUGGAUGCAAUAUGGUUGAAUGCUCUUGUUUUGUGUAACUUUCUCUAGUUAGUAUGGACACACUAUCAGGCAGUUGCCAUUGGUUGUACUGCAUGAAGCAUUUAUAAACUAAGAGCAAUUUAUGGUAAUCACAUCUGCACAAUAAUUUUGGCAAAUAUUUGAUUAACUACUCAUAAUGGGGGUUUGAGCAACAAUAAUUCCUUUAGCUCAUGGGGUUGAGCCAUGGAAUCAGUUUUGAUGAUUGUGUUAGGUCAGGUUGCUUACAUCACACCCCUUGGGUGCGGCCCUUCGUCAAACCUAGCGUGGAUGCGGGCUUCUUCGUGCACAGGACCGCCUUUAUCUUUUAACUACUCAAAAUUUGUCCGGUCCUUCCUCCGGGCCCAUAUGGACUUCAAUAUAUAAUGAGAAAAUAAAGAGAAUUUAGGUUUUCCAUUUUUUUCUGUUCGUUUACUUUGUUUAGGUUGUCGUGUCCUAAUUUUCUCGAACUUGGGUGCGGGUAUCCGACAUAGAUGCAAAUCCAAGGAUCGGAUUCGGCAAAAUUUAAAUUUUAAGAUUCGGGGAUGCGGAUCCCGGCAUGUAUAUGGGUGCUGAGAUUCGGCUAAAGAAAUCUAUAAUUAUAUAAUAGAGCUAUUCUAAAUAUUGAAAGAUCUUGUAGGUCAUCUUCCCGAAGACGCCAACUUCUUCUUUCAAGUUUUAUGGUUAUUUCCC